AUGGAGAGAAGUUCAUGCAUCCUACCCUCGAACGCGCCGGCCCUUCACGACAGUAUCAUCGACGACAUAGGAGUGCCGAGACCGAUCUUGCAGGAGCGUUGCAACAACCGGCAGCAGGACUUUCUGGACGGCGACCACCGCAAGCAUGGCCUCUACCAGCCCGCCGAGAAUUUCUACAACAGCGCGGCACAAGGCUAUCUAGCAUCCUCGCAGAGCUCGCAUACGGGCUAUGCGGCGUCGACAUGGCUCGCCGACGAGGACGAGCGGGUCAGACAGGAGGCGGCUCGCUUGUGGCGAAUGUUGUCGCGGUCGGACGCGUAUCGGAAGUAUCGAGCGCGGCAGCCGAAGGACUGCAGAGAACAAGACCAGAAAUGGCCCGAGCACAUGGAGUUGGCCUUCUUCUCAGCGCUGGUCAAGUACCCGCCAAUGGGCCGCCGCAAGCAGAUGCAUGAGGGAAAACCCCGCGGGCGGAACGAACUUAUAGCGUAUGCCAUCGAGAAGUGGACCGGAGAGGCUCGGUCGAGGAAGCAAGUCUCGAGUCACAUCCAAGUGUUGAAACCGCUCUUCAAGGAGUACCCAAAGAUCAUGAGAUACAUGUCCAAGGAAGAUCUCGAUCACCGGCGUCAUCACCGCCACAAUUCUAAUGACAUGCUUCGGCGGCGAUUUGGGGCCUCCGCGAGCAUGCGGCCGCUGGAUUUCAACUCCAUCGACCAAGGCGCAAUAUAUGGGCCCCAGCAACACGCCGCACUGCCACCUCCACGCCAGAUGCUUUCGUCAAGUCCCGCCUUGGUCCCGGCGUGCUUCGAGAUGAACGCUCGGGACACGACUUCUGAUCCACCACGCUCCUUGCACUGCUUCACACGCUUUCAUAAACGAGCCGAGCAGCAGCCGCUCUAUAUCUCGGACCUACAGGACGAGUCCUCAGGCAUUCCAAAACACCUUCGGGAUAUGCUAGGUGAUAAGGAUGCGCUGAUAAACUGUGACGUCAUCCUGGCAGAGUCGAGCAUCGAGCUAAUGGCAAUGCAUGCCCCCGGUGACAGUACUGAACUCGGUAUUCAGAUCGAGUUCAAUAGCACCUACGAGUAUGCGUUGUACGACCACUUCGAGUCUCAUACCCGCUUCUACACUGGUGAUGAGCUCGCAACGGAGCCAAAGAGCGUGCUAGGCUACGAUCAUCAUUACAAACGGCUGCACGCCGUAGCGGGCACGUUCGGCAGUGGCUUCUGGGCAGGCAAGCUGGGCGAGCUGUCACUGAUCAUGCGGAAAGCGUACAAGAAGAAGGGAGAUCUGGUUCCAGCACGCGGCGCCGUACAGGCUGAUGACGAAAGACUUCAGCAAGCCCGCGAGCACGCCAACCAGACGUUGGAGGCGCUCAGUGCCGUCCAGGAGAUCUUCGCUGUGCCCCGUGGUAGUAUCGCAGCCGCCAGCGGCUAUGGGACCGAGUCUCCGAACCCGGAACGCGUUCUCAUUGUCGGAUGGACAUUCCGGCAUGCAGACGCGGGCGAGGUUGGAGCGACGACAUGGCGACGCGUCGUUCUCCCCCACCAGCAGUCCAGCAAAGAUGACUCCUCUCUCAAACAGGAGUCUCAAACUUCUUUCUUGGACACCGGAGCCGGAGCCCUGAAGCAAGAAGCUAACAAUCCCUACGGCGGGCUCACGCUCGAAACCAUGCCAGGCAGCGGUCUCAUCACACCCAACACUUCUACACACCCCUCCUUCGACGCCUCUGCCCACAACGGCGGCUUUGACCUCGACCCACUCUCCGCUGGCAUUGGCGGGCCUUUCUCCGCCGGAUCCAUCGCCGCAAUGCCUCUCUCCGCCGGGUCAUCGUCAGCGCCGUCACUCUACCAACAACCGCAGCAGCACCACCAUUCGCAACACCACCACAACCCACACCACGCGCACCACCACCAACCCACCCCGACCAUGUCCGCCGCCACCUCCGACCUCGUCUCCACCCUCACCAUCCCCCACGCCGUCGACCACAACGCGCUCGACUUCACGGGGGGGCAGAUCAACGUGUGGAUGGAGCCGUCCGUGUCGAUGCAGGGCUACUACGACAUCACCGCCGCGCCGCCCUCGCACCACGCCUCGCCGCUCGAGCAGCAACACCCCUCCUCCGCCCAUCACCACCACUCGCAGCAACACCACCCUCACCACCAGCAUCACCACAUGGCCCAGCACCAGGCCCCGCCGCCUCCACCGCCACACACCCCGGUCGGAUACGGACCAGGCGGCGGUGAUGCGUACAACCCCCGCGGCGGCCCGUCAUCUUGGGGCGGCUACGGCGCGUUGCUGGAGGAUGGAUGGCCGCCGCCGCCGCAAGGGGGGUCGACGGGCGGUGGUGGUAGCAACAGUGGGGCUGGUGCGGGAGCAGGUAAUGGCAGUGGUGGUGGCGCUGGUGCUAGUGGGGGGUAUGGAGAUGGUGCUGGGAAGGACGGGGUCGUCAUCGAGGGCGGGCAGGGGAAGCAUGGGCAUUAUCUGGAUGAACCGGGGCAGGGUGGUGGUGGAGGCGGUGGUGGGCACGGCGGCGGGUAUCAUCAGGGGGGACGAAGGGACAGUGGGAUGUUGGGGCUGUAA